AUGUCUCCAAUACUUACAAUAUAUGUGCUUGCUCGUCCUGCUUUGAGUUGGUUCUGUAGGAAAUCCGUUGGUUUAUUUUAUAGGCGCUGGAAGCUCUUCUUUACCUUAGAAACCCUAGCAUAUGGUCUUCCUGCUUUUUCUUCUUUAGCCAAGUCUCUUCACCUCUUUCUGCUCAUUUCCCCCAAUGUGGCCUUCAUCAGUGAAGCAUCUGGGCUUUCCUUUGUCUCUAAAAAGGAGUGUGCACUAGAUUCUGUAGCAGUAAUAAAAUAA